GCUUCUUUACGGCUGGGAAUUCGGCGUCUUCCCUGCUGAGAAAAAGUGUUUUGGGUUUUUACGGGAAGUUUUUGGAUUUGGGUUUCUUGAACAGAUUUCUUUGGACCUGCAAUUAUGGCGUACUACGAACCCCAAGGCUGGCAAGCUCCCGUCCGCCAGGGCUCCUGGGAGCAACCUGCUCCCCCUUCACGAUCAGGCACAAGCUCUACCGCUCAGCGCGAUGAUUCACCUGCCUUUGCCUCUCAGUUCGAUGAGGUUGAUCGGGCCAUCGAUAACCUGGUGAAAAGCGGGAAAUUGUUCAACUCAAUGCCACGGAGAGAAUCAGUACCCCUUAUGAUGGGACGCCCCUACGACUAUGAUGGAAGAAUGAUAGGUGGCAUGGGCCCUCCACGUCACCACUCUAUCAGCGAUUACGAUAACCUUCGCCCACAUUCUGCCUCCAACCUGCAAGGAUUUUACGCCGCGCAGCGAUUCCAGGGCCGUCCCAGCGAAGCGGAACAGAUGAUGCAAGCGAAACGCCGAUUGGCAGCGCAACGAGAGAGGGAUCUCCGCAAUUAUCAUCAGGAGCAACAAUAUAACCGAAGCCUUCUUGCCGAAAUGUCUGGAAACAAAUCCGAUCGUUCCAUGAGUCCUGCUGCGAUGAGCGAAGAAAGCCGACGCGAAUUGAUUGCACGUCAGCACCGUGCCCUGUAUGGCAAUGAUUCAUCCUCCUUCUUCCCCAAUGGAAGCCUCGGAGACGACGGCCAGCCAUCUGGUACUGCGAAUACGACUGCAAGCGGCGCGCGAGGCCCCUCUCCAAGGGGUGUGGAUCCCUUCGGCGGUCUUGGUCAGGCCCAUGCCCAACCUGGCUCGGAGAAUUCCGGCCAAACCCCCGCCGGGGCCCCUGCCGCUCAAUCGACCGUCGUGCAGCAACCCCGGUCACGUGCCAACAGCACUUCGUCCCCAAGCUCCAACGCGAACCAGGCCUCCUAUGGCAUCUUCGACUCGAACCAGCAAUCUACCUCGACGUCGUCGGCAACAGGUGCCAGCACCGACAUCUCAACAUCGCACCCUGACAACAACAACAAGUCGGCCACCAGCGCUGUCGGGCCGAUUGGUUCCCGUCCUGUUCCUGUAACCAGCCAGGCUCCCAAUCCAGCUUUGAACAAGCGUUCGACAACCCCUCUGCCCUCUCCGUUGAGCUAUGGAUUCUCCCCUAGUGAGGUUGUGGGUUCUACGGGUCCAAAUACCACCUCUAAUGGAAACGAGAAAGUUGCGCCCAAUGCGGCACCCUCUACGCACACUGGCACUGCUGGAGCCUCAAGCACCGGAAAGAAGGAGCCCGGCAAUGUUGGUCUUCCCUGGGGCAACGGCAGUGGUGUGUGGAGGUCCAAAGGCUCUCUCGGCGUCCAAGCUUCUGUCUGGGGCUAA